AUGGCAACCAUCGAUGCCCAGGACCUCAGAAAAAGAAUUCGGCACUUCCAAGUUCUGAUCAUGGGGAGAGCAAACACAGGCAAAACGACCAUCCUUCAAAAGGUCUGCAACACCACUGAUCAACCAGAAAUUUACGAUACCAAAGGAAAGAAGAUCGAUGCUGCCAUCGUAAACUCUUCAAUCAAACGUGGAAAUCACGACAUCACGAACGAGAUGGUGUUCAAGAGCAAUCCCAUUUUCAUCUUUCAUGACUCAUGCGGUUUCGAAGCGGGCUGUGAAGAAGAAUUUGAGAACAUGAAGAAGUUCAUCUCAGAACGUGCACAUGCGACAAAAUUGGAGGAGCGAAUCCAUGCCAUCUGUUCUGUGGUCGCGAUAUUCACCAAGUUCGAAGCUCUGCGUCCAUUCGCUUAUGGAGAAAUCAAGAAGGAAUUAAAAGGGGUAUUGAGUGAAGAACGCUCAAAGAGAAUCGCCCAACGCGUUGAGGAACUGUUCACUAAGACAUGUGUCUUGGAUCAGUUGUGCAAUCCUGAGAACCGUGCCCGCCCCAAGUCUUAUACUACAAACUGCGACACGCUACUGGAAAGCACCACUCUUGCAUUAGAUGAUGAAGAAUUGCGGUUGUGCUUGGUAUCGAUGCAACAAUCGAACCUAGAGCUUUGUAUCAAGUGUGCUAUCACAAUACUCAUGGAUCGUGCACAUCAGCUAUUCGGGAUCCUUCGAUUCGAUUAUGAGGCCUAUCAGUAUCAAAUUGCUAGGUGGUUUCCACAUCUCAAAUGGUAUUCUUCGACCCAUGCUCAUGAUCCCUAUCCCUGGCUGCUGCUCGCCUGUUCACAGGAUAGGUUUUAUGUGCCUAAUAAUGAUAAUCUUUUUGCCAACAUCGAGCAAGAGGACAUUAUCCACAUCCUUCAACCUUUGGAAGCAGCUACUAUGAUCGUCCUGGAGUACUCCACCUUUCUCCUGAAGAACUUGGAGUGCGUCAAGUCUGCCGUGGACUGCUACCUGAAAUCUCCGAUGGCUGUCGCAGUGGAGAAAGGAGCAAAAGAGAUUUGUUGUCAAGGCUACGACAGAGAGGAACUGGAGAAGAAGAUUCUUGAGUUCAUUCUUGAAAAUCGCUUGUCAAAAGACUUGACUGAAAAGAAUGUACAAGUAGGUCAAAGAAUCAUGAAUCUGCAACAAAAAAUUUUGGUGGUGAUUAUUCAAAAUAUGCCCCAGAAAAACAAGAAGGCUCGGCAGGCCAAGACUCAACGAGCUCCUGGCAGCAAAUUCUUUAGCAAAAAUUAUAUUGACAGUGUCAAGGACCUGGAUGAUGCGGACUAUAUUGACGAAGAAAAUUCAUACUCGGACUUGGAUGAUGAAGGCUGGAUUAUGAGCCUGCCAGAGCAUGAGAUGACAGACCUUAGUGCUGUCUCUGACUCUGAGGGCGAGAAACAGGGGCAUGGUCAUGUGGUCAAAGGCAACUUAGAUCACAUUGAUCGUGGCAUUAAGCGACAGGCUGUUGGUGAUGGGCAAAGCAGCUGUGAGGUUUCUGAUGAGGAGGGAGUUGAAGAGUUCGAGGCUUACCAGAUACUAACUGCUGCUGAAGAAUUUUGGCAGAAGUUAUUUACCAAACAUAUCAACCGUCUUGAUGUUGCCCCUCUUAAAGGCAAGGGCAGCUACACUGGUACAAGCCGAAGCAGUUUCUAUCGAAAUCAAAGCAAACUUUGCCAAGCAGCAGUUGGGACAGCAAAACUCAGCAAUUUCUUUCAAUGCUCAAUUUCGGUGCCAUAUACUGCUCAGCCUACUACUAUUGAGGUUGAUCAGUCCAAUAGCACAUCCUUCGAACCUGACACACCUGCUGAUGCAGACGAUCAUCAAAGCAUCAAUCCCCCAGAACCACCAGCACAAUUCCAAGACAUGGCCCCUGAGCUACUGUCAGAUAUGACUACAUCUAACAAUAACACAGAGGCAAUGCCCAAGGCUGCCUCGUUCCUUGAUCCUACUGCAGAUGACGAGCUGGAUCCUCCCCAUAUUCCUAUAGGCAAAGUCAUCAAAGGAUUGAUCAAGGACACUACAAAGUACAAGUCCUUCAGUGCACAAUUCAAACUCCAUGCCAUCAGAAAUUACCUGGAGUUGUUUGAGCGCUAUCGGCAAAUCCCUAACAUCAAGAAUCCUGCAAUACAAGCCAGCUUAGCCAUUGCAAAAUCUGUGGGUAAAGGACCUUACCUUGCCUGCAUGAUUCGUCGCCUCGUUGUCUACAUCCAUAGAUUCAAAACCCUCCCACCCUCUCGAGCUGGCAAGCACCAUGCACACCCUUCUCUGUUGAAUAACGAGAGAGUGUAUCAAGCUGUUCGUCGUUUUUUGACUAUACAAGAAGCUGGGAAAAUCACGCCCCAUAAACUUCAGCAUGAAGUCAAUAAAACAAUCAUCCCUGCUCUCGGUCUUGACCUGGGAAAAAACACAAUCUCCAAAAAUUGUGUGAGGCACUGGUUGAAGAAAUUAGGCUAUGAACUCACCAGUGUAAAGAAGGGGGUAUAUGUUAAUGGCCAUGAGCGUGCUGACAUUGUGGAAUACCGAAAAGCCUUUUUGGCCCAAGUGGCUGAGAAUGAACACCUACGAAACGAGUAUGAUGAUACUACCUUAGAGGUCAUAGAGCCAAACUUACUCCCUGGAGAACGAAAGCAUGUCCCAGUGCAUCAUGAUGAGAGCAUAUUCAGGUCCAAUGAGCUGCAGCAAAGGAUAGCCGAGGAAAAUGCAUUGCCUGUGAAUGAAUGCCUCAAAUGUUACGAUUCACACAAGAUAAAUUUUCCGGGAAAGAAUGCAGAUGGCUGGUGGACGGCUGAGAUGCUUGUUCAACAAGUUGAACAAGUCAUUCCACUCUUUGAGCGGACCCAUCCUGGUGCUGUUGCCAAGUUUUUCUUUGAUCAAUCUGCAGCUCAUGGUGCUUUUGCUGUGGACGCACUAAAUGCGAGUGAGAUGAAUGUCAAACCUGGUGGCAAGCAGCGUCACAUGCAUUCCACCCUUAUUCCCACGGAUAAUCCCAACCUGGCACUUUGUGGAGUGGCUCAGGAUAUGUGCUUUGCGGAGGAUUUGCCAUCUGAUCAUCAAUUCUACGAAUUCUGUGGCCAACCAAAAGGCUUACAAGCACUUGCAGACAGCACAUUUCCGACUGCAAGGAGACUUGUUCCUGAGCUACUGAAUGCAUGUCCUACCAAAGUUAUCUGGGCAUUUUACCGCAAAAUGUGGUGCUAUAUGGAUGCCUAUAGGAAGGGUCUUAAUGCUAAGCAAGCAGAAUAUGCUGUGAAGAAAUACCGCUCGCAUCGUAAAGUUGGUGCAGGGAUAAUGAUGGAUAUGGCUAUAUUGAACAAUCCUGAAUAA